AUGGGAUUUGGGGAAGAUGAAUGGGGUCGAGUACGAGAUGACAUGCUACGGGAGUUGACUUCUAAUUUUUCCAUUUACACGGACAUGCACCAUGGCGAAGAAACCGUUAGAAGCAUGCAAACUAUUGUGAGUAACUGGGAUGUUCCUGCCACGCGUGACAAUUGGAUGUCUUUUCCAAAUAUAGGUCAUGUAAUUGCUUCAACAUACAAUAUUGUGCUUGUCUACUUAUCCAAGUAUCAGCGUCUCACGUUCCUUCCUCUAUCGAGCGAUCCGAUGUUUUUUAGAGAGAGACAAGAGCACGGAAUGGCAUUCGCCGACAACUGUCACUUCGUGCAUGUUGUCUUGAACAACAAUUGUCCAAUACCUCCUAUCGCCGAUUUUUGGUACCGAUGCCAUGAUCCUAAAGCUGAUGGUUGGAAGCCUGCAGAAAUGGAUGGUCGAAUUACAACAUUCCAAGAGUUAAUAGGUCAAAAUGUUGGCAUGCGAGAGAGUUUCGAAAUUAUUACUAUAUUGGAUAAUGGUGAUAAUUCUCCAAACAAAACUAUGUAA